AUGGGCCGUCCACAUCACGCGCGGUAUUGGCCUGGUACUUUCGUCAUUUUCCAGCAGUACAUGACCCUGCGCGGGUUGUCCGUCAAGCUAAGGUACCUUAUGCAGCAGCCAGCAGCCAGCACCGCAGCAUAUUGGUUGCCCGUCACCAGUGACCAUAACUCGAGUUACCUUGGUUCAACCCAAGGGUUACUUGACGGCGUGGCGUGCGUGGGUGAAAACCGCAAGGACUUGUUUAUUGCCUUGCUUGUCAACGAUUUGCCCCUCCACAAUAUCGGCACCCAUAAUUCAUCACUGUUCGACAACCCCGAAUUGGUCUUCUUAUUGGCACAGCGUCCAUCGCCUCGCAGAAUUUCCCUCUCUGCUGCCAUCGUCUGCUCGAAACCUCUUGCCAAUAUCCCACACACCUUAGACCGGGCCGUCUUGACUCUCGACACUUGUUCCUGCUCCUACGGGUAUUGCUGCUCCUGCCUCCUGUUCUUCCAUGCUAGCCUUACUCUGCGUGUGAUCAUGUACCUGCGACUCAAUCGCCUCCACCGGCCAGAGCUUUGGGCCACCGGAUGGCAGGUUCGAAUUUCCACGUCUGCCAUUCUCAGCCAGUCGCACUGCUCUGGCAGGACCAGGGAACCCCCGAACCGGCCUCUUCCCAUAACCUCUUCCCUGCCGACAUGCCCCGCCGAUGGACCCCCCGUUCGAGAGAAAUGGGUAUUCUUCUUCCCCCGGUCCAAAGUUCCUUCCUUCUUCCUUGAACCCAGCAAUUGCCUUUUUUUCGCUCUUCCUUUCUAUACCCCGGCAUGCAACAAAUUCCACUCACCCAUCACCAUCCCAAUCCAUCCACCAUUCGUCGUGGUGUCCUGGAUUGGGGUUGAUCAAAAUGAAGCCGUCGAUACUUGGAAAUCUGGGACGCCGCUUCAUAAAGGAUCCCACUACACUGCGACUUUAUUCUUGUCAACGACGGCCAUGACCAGCAGCCAAAUAAAAUCCAAUCACCCAUCGUCCACGAGACUAUGGAUACACUGCGCUGAACUGCUUGGGCUGACCGCUGCCAACUUGGUUCGCGGCUCACCUUCUGCCACCAUUCGCUUCGAAACGAAAACGCACAACCGCCUCGGCUCACGAAGCAUCGUCGUCAGCGGAAGCGCUAUGCAAACCGCCGUCGUCAUCGGGUUACCCAGUCCCUCCAUUUCGAUUGGGUCUUCCCGUCCCUCCUCUGGAUGCCAUCCCUGA